CGGGCGACUGACUGUGCUGCGCCUUAUAUAGGGCGGCCGGGGACGCACAGGAGCUCUCUUGAGUCACCCCCGCGCAGCGAAGGCUCCGCGUGCGAGUCGGACUCGGUCCCGGCCCACUCUGCUCGCGGUUAUUCGCCUUUCUUUCUUUCAAGAUGCCUGAGGAAGUACACCAUGGCGAGGAGGAGGUGGAGACUUUCGCCUUUCAGGCAGAAAUUGCCCAGCUCAUGUCCCUGAUCAUCAAUACCUUCUAUUCCAACAAGGAAAUUUUCCUCCGGGAGUUGAUCUCUAAUGCUUCUGAUGCCCUGGACAAGAUUCGCUAUGAGAGCUUGACAGACCCUUCCAAGUUGGACAGUGGUAAAGAGCUGAAAAUCGACAUCAUCCCCAACCCUCAGGAACGUACCUUGACUUUGGUGGACACAGGCAUCGGCAUGACCAAGGCCGACCUCAUAAAUAAUUUGGGAACCAUUGCAAAGUCUGGUACUAAAGCUUUCAUGGAGGCCCUUCAGGCUGGUGCAGACAUCUCCAUGAUCGGGCAGUUUGGCGUUGGCUUUUAUUCUGCCUACCUGGUGGCAGAGAAAGUAGUUGUGAUCACAAAGCACAACGAUGAUGAGCAGUAUGCCUGGGAAUCUUCAGCUGGGGGUUCCUUCACUGUGCGUGCUGAUCAUGGUGAACCUAUUGGUCGGGGUACUAAAGUGAUCCUCCACCUUAAAGAAGAUCAGACAGAAUAUUUAGAGGAGAGGCGGGUAAAAGAAGUGGUGAAGAAGCACUCACAGUUCAUAGGCUAUCCGAUCACCCUUUAUCUGGAGAAGGAACGAGAGAAGGAAAUCAGUGAUGAUGAGGCAGAGGAAGAGAAAGGUGAGAAAGAGGAGGAAGACAAGGAUGAUGAAGAGAAGCCCAAGAUUGAAGAUGUGGGUUCAGAUGAGGAAGAUGACAGUGGUAAGGACAAGAAAAAGAAGACCAAGAAGAUUAAGGAGAAGUACAUUGAUCAGGAAGAACUGAACAAGACCAAGCCCAUUUGGACCAGAAACCCUGAUGAUAUCACCCAGGAGGAAUAUGGAGAGUUCUACAAGAGCCUCACCAAUGACUGGGAAGACCAUUUGGCUGUCAAGCACUUCUCUGUGGAAGGCCAGUUGGAAUUCAGGGCAUUGCUAUUUAUCCCUCGCCGGGCUCCCUUUGACCUCUUUGAGAACAAAAAGAAAAAGAACAACAUCAAACUCUACGUUCGCCGUGUGUUCAUCAUGGAUAGCUGUGACGAGCUGAUACCAGAGUAUCUUAACUUUAUCCGGGGUGUGGUUGACUCUGAGGACCUGCCUCUGAACAUCUCCCGAGAAAUGCUCCAGCAGAGCAAAAUCCUGAAAGUCAUUCGUAAGAACAUUGUUAAGAAGUGCCUUGAGCUCUUCUCUGAGCUGGCAGAAGACAAAGAGAACUACAAGAAAUUCUAUGAGGCAUUCUCUAAAAAUCUAAAGCUUGGGAUCCACGAGGACUCCACUAACCGGCGACGCCUCUCUGAGCUGCUGCGCUAUCACACUUCCCAGUCUGGAGAUGAGAUGACUUCCCUGUCCGAAUAUGUUUCUCGCAUGAAGGAGACUCAGAAGUCCAUCUAUUACAUCACUGGUGAGAGCAAAGAGCAGGUGGCCAAUUCUGCUUUUGUGGAGCGGGUGCGGAAGCGGGGCUUUGAGGUGGUGUACAUGACUGAGCCUAUUGACGAGUACUGCGUGCAGCAGCUCAAGGAGUUUGAUGGGAAAAGCCUGGUCUCGGUUACCAAGGAGGGCCUGGAGUUACCUGAGGAUGAAGAGGAGAAGAAGAAGAUGGAGGAGAGCAAGGCCAAGUUUGAGAACCUAUGCAAACUGAUGAAAGAGAUCUUGGAUAAGAAGGUUGAGAAGGUGACAAUCUCAAACAGGCUUGUGUCUUCACCCUGCUGCAUUGUGACCAGCACCUAUGGCUGGACAGCCAACAUGGAGCGGAUCAUGAAAGCCCAGACCCUUCUGGACACCUCUACAAUGGGCUACAUGAUGGCCAAAAAGCACCUGGAGAUCAACCCCGACCACCCCAUUGUGGAGACGCUGCGGCAGAAGGCUGAGGCAGACAAGAACGACAAAGCUGUCAAGGACCUGGUGGUGCUGCUGUUUGAAACUGCCCUGCUCUCUUCUGGCUUCUCCCUUGAGGACCCCCAGACCCACUCCAAUCGCAUCUACCGCAUGAUCAAGCUUGGCCUGGGCAUCGAUGAAGAUGAAGUGACAGCAGAGGAGCCCAGUGCUGCUGUUCCUGAUGAGAUCCCCCCACUCGAGGGUGACGAGGAUGCAUCACGCAUGGAGGAAGUAGAUUAGGAGUUACUGGGAAACCUCAUAUCCUCUGUAUAGUGCCCCCGUGGCUCCCACAGCAGCCCUGAGUGGCCCUGUCCCACUUGGCUCCCUCUGCUAUGUCUAUAGUGUUUGUUUUUUCCUGUCCCUAUCUAAGACAGGAAAUAAAGGCCUCUCGUGCCAUCCCCUUCCUAACUUGACAACGGGGUUGAAUGUUGUGUAUUGUGGGUUUUUUGUUUAUUUUGUUUUGAAACUAAAGUAUGCAAAAUAAAGAUGAUGCAGUUUUAUACA